AUGGCUGACGACACAGAGACUAAGCAUGGAGGAAGCAAGAAUGGAAAGAAAGAAGGCCUCUCUGGAAGCUCAUUUUUCACCUGGUUUAUGGUAAUUGCUUUGCUGGGAGUUUGGACAUCAGUAGCAGUUGUCUGGUUUGAACUUGUAGAUUAUGAAGAAGUUCUAGGCAAGCUUGGGAUAUAUGAUGCUGAUGGAGAUGGAGAUUUUGAUGUGGAAGAUGCUAAAGUAUUGCUAGGCCUUAAAGAAAGAUCUGUCCCAGCACAGCCAACAUCACCAGAAUCUGAGGAGACCAUCCAGCCUGCUGAGAAGUCAUAUAUUGAAUCAGAGCACAAGAAUGCUGACAUAGAAUUGGAAGAGGAAAUUCAGUCUGUUCUUCAUGAAGCUCUCCAUUCCCAGCCUGGAGAGAGACACGAAGAUGUAGAUGAAAGUAUAAAUGACCACUGGCAAGUGAAGGAAGAAAUACAUGGAGAAACUUUUGAAGCUCCUACAACAGAUGACUUGCACAGAGAAUUAGAGAAUGAAAUGCCAGAAGCAUAUGAGACACCAGACUCAGUUCAGAAAGAUGCUGAUCUUUUGGCAGAUGAUCUUGGAGCAACGGAGCCUGAACCAUAUGAAGCUCAAGUUUUAUAUGAGUAUGAUAUGGAUGUGGAAAAGACAGUAAGUGAUCCAGAAGCUCCAGGAGACUCUGAGCUAAUGCUAGAAGAUGCUAUUGAACAUUACACAGAGGAUAGAGUGCAUGGGGAUUAUAAUGAAGACCAUGAACCAAAACAUGAAAAGCAGACUGAGACUCAAGAUACAGCUGUUGAGCACCUUCCAGAGGAGGUGAAUGAAGCCACAGAGCCAGUUGAAAUUAUUGAAGAUUUUGAUAUUGAUAAAGAGCUGCCAGUAGAAAGUAAGCAUACAGAAGAUGAUGUGGCCACUGAACCAGAGGAAUCAGAAAUGGCUGUUCAAGCUGAGGAUUAUUCAAAUGAUGAUGUAGUGGGGAAAAGUGAAAAAGAAACUGAACAAGACAAAACAGAAAAAGCUAAAAAGAAGAAGAAGCCAAAGCUCUUAAACAAGUUUGAUAAGACCAUUAAAGCUGAACUAGAUGCUGCAGAAAAAUUACGUAAAAAAGGAAAAGUUGAAGAAGCUCUAAGGGCCUUUGAAGCAUUAGUGAAUCAAUAUCCACAGAGUCCUCGAGCAAGAUAUGGGAAAGCACAGUCUGAAGAUGACUUAGCUGAGAAAAUGAGAAGUAAUGAGAUGCUGCAAAAAGCCAUCAACACCUACGAUGAGGUGGUUAGUCUGCCAAAUGUCCCUUCAGAUCUGAUAAAACUGAGCUUGAAACGAGAAGCAGACAGGCAGCAGUUUCUUGGUCGCAUGAGAGGUUCCCUGGUUACUCUACAGAAAUUAGUUCAGCUGUUUCCCAGUGAUACUUCAUUCAAGAAUGACCUUGGUGUUGGCUACCUCUUGAUAGGAGAUAACAGCAAUGCCAAGAAAGUAUAUGAAGAGGUUCUAAGCCUGGCUCCAAAUGAUGGUUUUGCCAAAGUGCAUUAUGGCUUCAUCCUGAAGGCAGAAAACAAGAUAGCAGAGAGCAUACCCUAUCUAAAGGAAGGACUAGAGUCUGGUGACCCCGGCACAAAUGACGGACGCUUUUAUUUUCAUCUGGGUGAUGCCUUGCAGAGAAUGGGGGACAAAGAGGCAUACAAGUGGUAUGAACUUGGAUACCAAAGAGGUCACUUUGCAUCAGUUUGGCAGCGCUCCCUCUACAACGUCAAGGGACUGAAAGCUCAACCUUGGUGGACAGCAAGAGAAACUGGUUAUACGGAACUGGUGAAGUCCUUAGAAAAAAACUGGAAGCUCAUUCGGGAUGAGGGGCUUGCUGUGAUGGAUAAAAAAAGAAGCCUCUUCCUGCCUGAAGAUGAGAAUCUACGAGAAAAAGGAGACUGGAGCCAGUUUACCUUAUGGCAACAAGGAAGAAAAAAUGAGAAUGCUUGUAAAAGUGUUCCGAAGACAUGCGCUUUAUUAGAAAGAUUCCCAGAAGCUACUGGCUGCAGAAGAGGGCAGAUCAAAUAUUCUAUCAUGCACCCAGGGACUCAUGUCUGGCCCCACACAGGGCCCACCAAUUGUCGGCUGAGGAUGCAUUUGGGCUUGGUGAUACCUAAGGAAGGCUGCAGAAUUCGGUGUGCCCAAGACAACAGAACCUGGGAAGAAGGGAAAGUUCUGAUUUUUGAUGACUCUUUCGAACAUGAAGUAUGGCAGGAUGCUGAAACUUACCGCCUGAUAUUCAUUGUGGAUGUGUGGCACCCUGAGCUAACAGCACAAGAGAGACGCACCCUUCCUGCUAUUUAAGGGGUGCCUUCUGAUGUGCGGAGCAGAGGAGCUUUAAUCCCUUUGGAGUAUGCAGAUAGGAUUAAUUUAUCCAGCAUACGAAGAAUGCAAGUAUUGUAAGGGUUAGAAGAGAUAAGGACAACAUUCUGCAAUCACGGAGGACUUCAUUUAAAAAAAGGAAAAAAAGAAGGAAAAAAAAAAAGCCAU